AUAGUUUCACUUCCGGGCUGGAGUUGAUUUUUCUGUUUCUGUCGUCUUUCCGUCGCGUUGCCUCCGCUACCUCCAGUGUCGAUAUUUACAGAAAAGUUACGUUGUAACCGCGGUGGCGUUUGUUCGGCGGAGGUGUGUGAUGGGGGGAAAAGUGCAUGUCAGCGGCGGGCGAAGGGCAGCGCGAGCGCUGUUGCUGCUGUUCACCCUGUGCGCGUGCGGAGCAUCAGGCCAGCAGCAGCAGCAGCAGCAGCAGCAGGACAGCAGCGCCAUGGAGAACAUCGUCACCGAGAAGAAGGCGGAGGAGAGCCACAGGCAGGACAGUGCGGACCUCCUCAUCUUCAUCCUGCUCCUCACCCUCACCAUCCUGACUAUAUGGCUGUUCAAGCACCGGCGGUUCAGGUUCCUGCACGAAACCGGCCUCGCCAUGUUUUACGGCUUACUUGUUGGCGUGAUCUUGCGCUAUGCCAUCCAUGUUCCUCGGGAUGUUAGCAACAUUACACAAAGCUGUUUCGUUAACGCCAGCCCUGCCACGUUGCUGGUCAAUGUCAGUGGAAAAUUCUACGAAUACACUUUGAAAGGAGAGAUCAGUGCCAACGAGGUGGAUGAUGUCCAGGAUAAUGAAAUGCUGCGCAAGGUCACCUUUGACCCAGAAGUUUUCUUCAAUAUUCUCCUGCCUCCAAUCAUAUUCCAUGCUGGCUACAGCUUGAAAAGGAGGCACUUUUUCCGUAACAUGGGGUCCAUCCUGGCUUAUGCGUUUUUGGGGACAGUUAUCUCUUGUUUUGUCAUUGGGUUGUUGAUGUAUGGCUGUGUGAUGCUAAUGAUGCAGGUGGGACAGCUGCGUGAAGAUUUCUUCUUCACAGAUUGUUUGUUCUUUGGGGCCAUUGUCUCUGCCACAGACCCAGUUACGGUCCUGGCCAUCUUCAACGAGCUGCAGGUUGAUGUGGAUCUUUAUGCUUUACUGUUCGGGGAGAGCGUGCUCAACGAUGCUGUGGCUGUGGUGCUGUCCUCGUCUAUCGUGGCGUAUCAGCCACAGGGAGACAACAGUCACACCUUCGAGGUCAUGGCGAUGCUGAAAUCUUUUGGGAUGUUUAUAGGUGUCUUCAGUGGCUCUUUUGCUUUGGGCGUGGCCACUGGAGUCGUCACUGCUCUCGUGACAAAAUUCACCAAGCUGAGAGAUUUCCAGUUGCUGGAGACAGCUCUUUUCUUCCUCAUGUCAUGGAGCACGUUCCUGCUGGCUGAGGCUUGUGGCUUCACAGGUGUAGUAGCAGUGCUGUUCUGUGGAAUCACUCAGGCGCAUUACACAUACAACAAUCUGUCCCCUGAGUCCCAGGACAGGACCAAGCAGCUGUUUGAACUGCUGAAUUUCCUGGCAGAGAACUUCAUUUUCUCCUACAUGGGUCUGACCCUGUUCACCUUCCAGAACCACGUCUUUAAUCCCAUGUUCAUCGUUGGAGCCUUUGUAGCAGUGUUUCUGGGAAGGGCUGCUAACAUCUACCCUCUGUCGUUUCUCCUCAAUCUGGGACGACGCAACAAGAUCAAGUCCAACUUCCAGCACAUGAUGAUGUUUGCAGGGCUACGAGGCGCGAUGACGUUUGCCCUGUCCAUCAGGGACACGGCCACAUAUGCCCGUCAGAUGAUGUUCUCCACAACUCUCCUUGUGGUCUUCUUCACUGUUUGGAUUUGUGGAGGCGGCACCACUCAGAUGUUGUCCUGCCAGCGUAUACGAGUGGGAGUGGAUUCUGACCAGGAUAACUCUGUGACUAUUGCUGAAGGCUCAGAAAGAAGAAGCACCAAACAAGAAAGCGCAUGGCUUUUCAGAAUUUGGUACAACUUUGACCACAACUACCUGAAGCCUAUCCUGACUCAUAGUGGCCCCCCUCUCACAGCCACACUGCCUGCAUGCUGCGGGCCCCUCGCCCGCUUCCUCACCAGCCCUCAGGCAUUUGAGAAUGAAGGACAGCUGCAGGAUGAUGACUCGGACCUCAUCCUGACUGAUGGCGAUAUCAACCUGACGUACGGCGACAUCACAGUGAGUACCGAUGCCACCGGUGCCCACACCAGCAGCGGCCCGGUGGGCUCCUUCGCUGGGCCCAGCACCUCUGACGACCUGGACAGAGAGCUCACAUACGGCGAUCACGAGGUGGUGAUGAGAGGCACACGUUUGGUGCUGCCCAUGGACGACUCAGAGCCGCCCUACACAGACCAGCGCUUGCACUAAAGCAUCACCCGUCCAGCCUGCCCUGACUCCAACCGUCAAGCAAAAUACUCAUACCUGAGUCUUCUUUCACACUUCCAGUUUUUCCUCUUCCGCUCUUCUUGUUUUGACCACACAUUCUUUCACUGUUACAUUUGUCACUUCCUCCUCAUGGCAGAUCACUCUCUACCUCAUUCUUGUUCUGCUUGUUUUCACAACUUCUAUGAUGUAAUCUAUUUAUUUUCAGGGGGCAUAGAAUUUAAGAUGGGUUACUUUGUGUCUGUCAGUUCCCACACUGUAGCACUGCAUAGAGGUCCAGCAGCAAGUGUUAGCCUGUAAAUGCAAGUUAGAGUACCAACCACAAGCUAAUGCGUCUUUGUACAGUAUAUCACAACAGUACUACACCUUUGAUACAGUAUGCAUGCUGAGGAGGAUGCUUGUUGUUUUCUUUGUAAGGAAGGGUUGAGAGCUUUUCUGUAUUUUUUGGGGGGGGGGGGGGGUCUGACCUUGAAUGUUUUCUGCCUUCUCUUUGUGCAUUGGUGCAGUCACAGGCAUGCAGGCCCAGUGGACAGUAUUACUGUACAGUUAGUUAUAAUCAAGUGCCUGGGAAUUGUAGUUUUGAGCCUGGCAACCCAUGCUGGAUCACUUCUGGGAAGCGGAGCAUGUUCAGAACGGGCCGUCAUGCAGUUUCCUUUGUAUAAAAGUAAAAAAAAAAAACUGUCCACAUGGUAGCAAUAUCCUCAGUGGGUGUUUGGCUGUCAGUGUGUGCGCCUGUAAAUAGUAUGUAACAUUGUGACGCCGUUCGUCGAUGCAGUGACCCUGGCCAUGACAGUUGUGGAUCUCUCUCAGUGACCUUUGACUGUGACACAGAGGGGGAAUUUACACCUUAUUUUAGACGCUGAUGUCACUUACAGCAGAUUGAAGGGCUGUUGUUUUGAAAA